CUCCAUAUAAGCGCCUUGUUUUCGUCCAUAAAAGAGUGGACUUCCCCUCCCGGUCACAAUUCUAUCUGCGUCGCCAUCAAACAACACUGCCUCGUUAACAACCAAGCAACCAUUUGUUCACAGCUUCCUCGCACCAUCCCUGUUACCUCUCGGAGACUCAGUACUAGUCAAAAUGUCAGAUACCGAAUCAGAUGACGUCUCGGACGAUGGUACAGUGAUCGACUUCGGCUUGGGUGCGGUCAGUGAGGCCCAAUGCCACUUUCGGUUCAACUCAGACGGCAUCUAUACCCCGCGCGAGAGUGGAGUGUUGGUUCGUUGUUCCUUAGCCGACAUGGUUCACGGCCAAGCUAGUCCGGACGAUACCACCCCAUGCGUCCUCGUUGUCUUUGAUUUCCAGCUGGACCGGAUCAAGGCGACGCGAAGGAUACAUCAGGCCAUCAUCAGCCUCACUCUCCCUGAGGGCAUUCGCGUGCGCAAAGGGGGUAUCUCGCCGAAGGGAAGAGUUUCAUUCCGUCCACAAGCAAAGACUCUUUCGCGUAGCAAUGAGAGUAGUCUGUCCGCAGGCUUCAGUUAUGGUGCCUCCCUUGAAGGUGGUGUCAAACACAGCGAAACGAUCAGCUUGGACACGAUGGAGUACGCCACUGUCAAUGGAUGGACAACACGACAACCGAAGGGCAGGGUGAACGACCAACGGCCGCAUAAUUGCGUCAAAUGGGCGCUAAUGGAGAACCCCGCCCUGCCCAAAGACGGUGUCCCUCCUCAUUUUCGUGCCACUGUCUUGCUUGAGCGAUACCUUGGGAAUAUGGCCGACAAACCCUUUGUCCUUGAAAUGGAAAUCAAAUCUACAGUUGAUCUGAAAACAUCGAUCGAGAAUCUGACGGACGUGUUUGGCAAGGUGCCUCGAGGUUGUCUGAAAGUUGAUCCCAACAAACAAUCCACCGAAAACCUGCGCAAGUAUGACACGAAACAGCUUGCGGAUGUAGUGGAAGACCUAUGGGCAUUGUCUUCUGGCACCUUAGCAACUGGAGAGUUUUCAAGAUACCUUGUAGAGUAGCGGUUGAGCGGCACGAGCGGGUAGUUACUUGAUAUUCUUGGCGAGUUGCAUGUAAACGCUUUCAUCACAUCGCAUCAAAUCCCUGCACGUAACCUGUCGCUUAGCUUCGCAACAGGAACCCCGAAUUAGGUCAGAGAUAGCCACAAACAGGCGCAGCUGGCUUCCAUGUACCUACAAGUACCCAGCAAGUUACCUUGUGAAUGCAUGAUCUGCAG